AUGGCAUUUUCUGGAGCUCUUACCUUGACUGAUCUUAAUGACUUCAUAACCCCAUCUCAAGCGUGUAUCAAGCCUAUUGAGCAGACGAACGCGCCGCAGGAGAACAAUGAGCCAGGUGCUGCUACAACCGAAAUUGUGAUUGACUCCAGUGGAUCAUACUACGAGGUCUCAACAAACGGCGUGUCUGGCAAUUCAUCUUCCAAGGGCACGGAGCGAAAGCUCCAGCAGGCCCAGAUAAGCUUAAACGAUUGUCUGGCUUGCAGCGGUUGUAUAACAUCGGCCGAAUCUGUAUUAAUCACACUACAGUCCCACACGGAGGUUCUUAACUUCCUGAAUUCCAAUCCUCCUGCUUCGACGCCAGGUCACAAGAUUCCUGUGCUCUCCAUUGCGCCACAGAGCCUCGCGUCGCUCGCGGCAUCUCUUUCAUCAUCAUCCGGUUCCCCUGUGAGUCUUCGUCAAAUACUGAGGAGAGUACAAGCGUUCUCUACACGAAUACUUGGGUUCGAGCAUGUUUACGACACUACAUUUUCUCGACAUAUUACUCUGCUUGAGCACACGCAAGAGUUUCUUGAGCGGAAGAAGGGAGACGGGAAACUUCCAAUGCUAGCAAGUGCCUGUCCGGGAUGGAUAUGCUAUGCUGAGAAAGCACAUUCCGAAAUGUUGCCUUUUAUUGCUAGGACGAAGAGUCCACAGCAGGUAAUGGGAACACUGGUCAAGUCGUGGUUCGGAAAUCGCUGGGGAGUGCAACCAGAUCAGAUUUACCAUGUGUCGGUUAUGCCGUGCUAUGACAAGAAACUCGAGGCUUCUCGGCAGGACUUCUACAGUGACCUCUACUCGACUCGGGAUGUGGACUGCGUAAUCACAACUGGGGAGCUCGAACUUAUGAUGCGCGACAAAGGCUGGGACCUUUCGCAGUCCGUAGAGAACGAAGGUGUUCCUAAUUUCGACGCUGAAAUCCCAGAGCUCCUGUCACACCCCGGGACUAGUUCCGGAUCUUACCUGCAGUCUCUCAUCAACUACAUCACUGCAAGCCACUCAUCCCCUGUGGACCUCACAGUAAAAUCCAUCCGUACUUCUGACUACGAAGAAUUCACCCUUCGCGCUCGGGACACCGGCGAGGUGCUUUUUAAAGGCGCAAAAUGCUAUGGUUUCCGUAAUCUUCAGAACGUCGUGCGGAAGGUAGGUCGUGAGGCUGGUGUGCAAGUUGGGAGGGGCGCCGCUGGACGAUUAGUUGGGAUGCGUGCAAAGAAGCGUGGUGGGGAGGACGAGAAGGGGUAUGACUACGUCGAAGUUAUGGCGUGUCCGGGCGGGUGCGUCAAUGGUGGUGGGCAGUUGAAACCCAUUGUACAGGCGGCAGGGCAGAGAGAAGAUGAAGAAGGGUAUACAAGAAACUGGCAGGAAAACGGUGUCCAAAUGCCAGUGCCAGUGGAUGAUGGCGCGAUGCAAGGCGCCAAAUGGGGGAACAAGGAGUGGACCAAGGAAGUUGAAAGGGUGUACUGGCAUGACUUGCCUACACCGCCUCCAUCGCCGAGACCUUAUGCUCAGGAUUUCGACACCCCGUUCGAUCGCGCAGACCGUCUUGCUGCGCAGAUCAUAGUCGAACUUUGUCGGCACACAAACGGGAAGCUUGCAUGA